AUGACGGCAAAAUGGGAUAGGCGGUUUCUGGAGUUGGCUCCCUCAACUGCCGCACUCCACCAGCGUGUUUUCUGGGUUUUUAGCUUUUGGUUUAUGGGUAUUCAUGGUGAAGGGAAGGAGGAGGAGCAACUAAAAUGGGUCUGCAAAUAUUCCCUUCCAAUUCGUCUUCAUCAUCUUGGUAGGAUUUUUAAUUUUUUUUAA